GCAGAUAGAAAAAACGUCAGACUCCUUCCAAUCAGCCAAGAUGGAAAGUUUAUGCGUCUUCCUCUACAGUUCCGCCCUAAAACCAAACACAGCAGAGAGCUGACGUCAAACGAUAAAAUCAGAAAAUUUCCUUCGACCAAAAAACAAGUUAACAGAGCAAGGUUUAAACGCUCAAUUUCACAAAACGCAGACGAUCUCCCCUUAAGUCGGCUCACAGACGACUUAGAGCAACUAACAGAGCUAUUGAAAUCAAGGGAAGAAAAGCCUCAACAUGUUACCGUCAUUGAUAACAGUGAUAAAAGAGCCAACACUGCAGAGGGUAAAGUUAGUUAAAACUGUCAUUUACGAAAGCCUACAACUUUUGUAGACUGAAACAGAAUGUUCCGUUCGAUGCAAAGGUUUUUUCACACUGUAAGUGUUCAAACCAUGCUGGUCUCAUAACUAUAUGAUUUUCUAAGGAAGGAUACUUCAUCAGAGUGGCCGGCAUGUCAUUUUCCUCUUUUAAUCAUUCAUAGCAAUUUGACAAAGGUUGUUUUUUUUCAAAGGCAAGACAUCUUCCAUCUUUGUUUGAUUCAUCAUGUUCAGCUUUAAUCUUAAAGGAGUGUGCGUCGUAAGGUAAAAAAUGCAAUUAUUUCUAAGAUACACCUCCAUUUCAUUUUCCUUAUGAUUUAGGUAAUAUUCUUGCUUUUGACCUCGUAUUUGUGGUGGAUGGGUCCAAGGAUAUAGAUGAUCAAGGAACCGGAAAUUUUAGGAAAUGCCUUGAGUUUACGAAGGAAAUUCUCCGUUCAUUUCCAGUUUCAAAACAGGGUGUACAUACUGGAAUAAUAACGUACGGCAGAAAAGCGCUCGUGGAUAUUAAUCUCGAUACAUCUUUGGAUCAAACGGGUAUAGAAAGCGUUAUUGAUGCGAUUCCAUAUUCUGGUGAUGAGUCAUAUACUGGUAAUGCACUUGAUACAGCCAUGGGGAAACUCUUCCCACACAGUGGCCGCGAAAAAGUGGCACACAUCUUAGUGGUAGUUAAAGGAAGCAUCUCACAGGAUGAAGUGCAGUCGUCUGCGCAAGAACUGAGGGACUCUGGUGUACGGAUCUUUUGCAUCGGCGUUGGAAAAAGGUUUGACCAAUCGCAGCUGGACUUAAUUGCUAGUUCACCAUCUGGUACUUAUGUGAUAACAACUGAAUUUAACACCCUGCGAAAUGUGGUGCCGACUCUUUCAUCGCGAAUUUUGUCAGGUAAGAUGCCCUUUCCCCCCACAGGACGCAUGUUGCUGAGAACAUGGAAGUUAGUUCCUCUAGUGGGAGGGCCGGACGGGAAAAUAUUUCGCUGGAAGUCCGUGUGUGAUGACCAAUGGCCAAAUAUAUUCCCUUCCUGCAUAAGAGAAUUGGGCAAUAAUUAUUCUAUCGUUUAUCCACCAGAUUUAUUAAUUUUUAAAGUACGUUUGAGCCUACUAAAUAGGACAUUUAUAUAACGGAUGAACGCUGGCCACAAAAAAAAAAGAUUCAAGACAGAGCAAAAAAACACAAAUCUUCGAAAAACGCGACUUAUUUCUCAAUUCUGUUUUAUUUCAAAUUGGAAAUAAAGGUUGUUAUAAUAAAUCACUCGCAAUAGACCACCAUGUGAAUGAUUGUAUUGUUUAGUACUUUACCAAGCAAAUUUACAGUUCUCAGCGAACCGACUGGAAAACAGACUCCAGCAACCACUGGGAGCCUAUGGACAGAUGGAGGAAUUGUUGGUAAGAAAGACCGUAAAGUGUAAAUUUUGUAGAUAGUGGUACAACUUUCUUCUCCUUUUUUCGCGACCUUACUAUAUUCGCGGCAAUGAGAUCAAACUUUUCGUUGAUGAUUGAAAAGCAUUCAAGAAUUCAACUCAACGAGUUAAAGGGAAAAACAUCACAAGACAGGUCAAUUUCGAUAGGCGACUGACCUCUGGGUUGUAGGGCAUUCUUGCUCAAUUGUGUAUGAUCAUCGAGAUCUAGUAGGUAUGUUCAGCGAAAGUUAUUUAGUUUAUUCCACUAAUCCUAAGCUAACGAGAAAUAACAAAAAAGGAAACUGAUGCCAAGAAGAAUUCAAAAUUCCCUCACAUUUCACAUUUUCAUCAUUUCUAGAGACAAAACAUCAAUUGCAAACCUAAUUAAUUUGCAAAGGUUUUUUUCAAUUUUUUCCUGUUAUAGUUAGGUUGCUCUGCAGAUAUUUAUCAUUAGAUUGACCUUUAAUUUUUUUAUUUUCAAGAGGCCAAGAUCGAUUUAGCCUUUUUAAUUGAUGGUUCAGACACUGUUGGGGAAAGAAACUUUCGCAUUUCACUUGACUUUGCGAAAACCAUUGGUGACUCGUUUUGGACCCAAUUUGGCAGCCUUCAUCUUGGGCUCGUGGUGUUUGGAGCGGAUGCGAGUGUCAUUUUCGAUUUUGAUAACGGUUAUAAGGACAUUACAGAUGUAAACAAUGCCAUAAGUAAUGCAGCAUUUCCAGGUGGAGGAAAAGUUAUGGUUGGAGAUGCUCUAAAAUGGACUGAAACACAUUUGUUUGGUAGCAAACACCAGGAUUCCUAUAAAAGGAUUCUCGUCGUAAUAAUUGGAAGUAGCUCUGGGGACGACGUAUUCCUUGGUGCAGAAAUGCUUAAAGAAAACUCAGUAACUACAUUUUGUAUUGGUGUAGGCAGCAAUUUUGAGAAGACGCAAAUAGAUGGAAUAGCGUCUUCACCAAGCUCUGAUAACGUUUUGACAGUUUCCACCUACCCAGGUCUUGCAUUUUUAAAACAACCUCUUAUUCACAAAAUCGAGCAAGGUAAGAUUAUCCUAGCUAUCCCCCUAAGUUUGAAUUGUAUAAUGUCACCUUAAUUCUGUCUCUUUAAGAACUUCAGUUGGUUAUCAUUUUGUUCAUUCUGAAAGUACACAGGCGGAAAACUCGUAAUUUUUUUCUUUUGAUGUCUAAUAAUAUACACUUUACCUACGUUAGCAGCUCAAGGUGGCCACCUGCUUUGAGCAUGAGCAUUUGCAGCUCUUGAAGAAGAAAUGUUUUCCAGAAUCUAAGCUAAUUGUGGGGAUUUGAUUUGACAAUUUCAGCACGCACGACAUACAUUCCACCAAAAGAUCCCAAUGAGAGAUUUCAACGUUAUAUACCUGGACAGGCAGGAGCAAAAGCAGUUUUGCUUCAAGGGAGGGUGCCGCCAGGAGGAGUUACUGGGUUUCCGCUAGCAGCAGGAGUGCCACAAGCAGGAGUACCACCAGGAACGAUAUCACCAGUUGGUGUACCACAAACUGGAGUACCACCACCCGGGAUACAGCCAGCAGCUGUUACCCCACCCAGUAUUCCACCAGUAGGGUCCCCCCCAGGGAGACUACCUUCAGUUGGACCAUCAUUAGUUUUACCUACUGCUCCAGUGGCCUUGCCAGGGGGACAAGAAACCGGAAAUGAGGCUCUGAGUAAAAGGCCCCUGCACCCGAAUCCAGCAGUUCCUUCUCUUGUACCCGUCGAAGGUAUGUAAAUGUUGCUAAUCACACUAUAAUUAAUCACACUUCUGUAUUAAACUUCAUAUUCUACGAGUUACCUCUUCUGUUACAACCAAAAAAACGCUCUCUCAUUUCAAAUAAAAUUCUAAACGAAAACUUAUCGUAUUGGAGUUAAGGUUUGAAAAUUAGGGGAUAUCAGAUGGUGAAUAUCUUCGUAAAUUCCACAGUUUUAGCCGAGGCAUAUUUGGUAAUGAUAUGUGUCAUACCAAUCGUGCGUGAGCAAAAUUAUGUUAUGGAUUGUAAAAUCAAUUAUUCCUAGAUGGACUAUCACAUAAGCAUUUUUCGUUUUUUCAGAUGCAAUUAUCAUGCUUUUGUUAAUAUCAUUUCAGAUGAGAAGCUGGACCUUGUGUUCUUGCUUGAUGGAUCGACCUCUAUCACAAAUGCCGGUUUUCAGGAUGCUAAGCUGUUCAUCAAAAAACUGUACAGCAAUUUUCCCAUUGGGGAAUAUUCAACUCAUGUUGGUCUUGUUGUCUUUGGUGAAGAAUCGAAAACAAUUUUCGACUUAAUCGAAUACACCGACAAACAAACGCUUGAUAUGAAGCUUCCUUCACUUCUGAAAUAUGAUUCUUCCGAGAACUUUCUGGGUAGGGGACUGGAAACUGUUAAGAAAAAUGUUUAUGACGUUAGUGCACGACCGGGAGGACAUCAAGUACUUGUGAUCAUCGCGGCAGGAAGCUCACAGGAUGAUGUGAAAGCACCUUCGCGCGACUUGAGAGACGAGGGUGUCAGGAUUUUCUGCUUGGGAAUUGGUAAUAACGUAGAUGUUAAUCAACUUCAAAAUGUUGUAACAGCUCCUGAAAGGGAACAUUUAGCUACGGUGACUUCAGAUGAGCUGGAUACGCUGCUAGGACCUGUGGUGCAGAAUAUCAGAAAAGGUAAGAAAAAAUUUGACUUUUAGUCGUGUGGGAGGAUUCUAAUUUUCAAAAUAGUUCCUAUUUCGUCCCAAACUGAAUCAACGUGCUCCGGACUUUGUUUUCUGUUCUCACCUCUUUGAGUUGACCCAUUAAUUAAUUGUGGUUAUGUGUUUAAAAUCCCAGAUAUCACAGAAACUGUGGUUCCAUUAAGACUUGCUGGUAAGUAAUUGUUUUUUUGUUUUUGUUUUCUUGAUUGAUAGAUUUUGAUCGUGAAGUAGAAGAUGAAAGAGGAAAAAUUAUAAAUGAUGAGGGAAAGAGUCAAGGCCAGAUUUCGGCUGUAAAUUGUUUGAAUGCAAGGGUUUUAGGGGUGUUGUGAUUGUUGUCCAUCUUAGUUUUAAUUUACUAAUAUAACUUACUUUUCUUUCUCUUACCUUUCCUUUUUAUUUUCAGACGUCAAAAUGGAUCUGGGUUUCUUGUUGGAUAUCAAUUCCAACAACUUCAGGCGUGAUGAAUUUAGUAACGUUUUAAACUCGAUAAAAUCAACAUAUGCGCCGUUUGUUAUUGGUGACGAAAAGACACGGAUCGGUGUUCUGGCGUACGACGAGCACAUUCACACAAUGAUUGCCAUGGGUCAGUAUUCUUCACAACAGUCACUCGACAUUGCGCUGGAUAAGGUAGUAACGUCCACAACAUCAGGAGACAAUCUCCUCGGACGAGGUCUAGCUGCUGUAAAAAGUCAGCUGUUUUAUGGUAAACCUCGUCCGGAAGUUCCCAAAAUACUUGUGGUCAUUUCGGGAGGAAAGUCUAAAGAUGACGUAUCGAGUCCAUCAAAAGAGCUGAAAGGACUUAAUGUAACGAUAUUUUGUAUCGGAGUUGGACAGAAUGUAGACAGAAGCGAACUUGAAGCCAUAGCAACUCUACCAGCAGUGAGUCACGUAGUAAUGGCAACUAUAUCACACCGAGAAACUGCUGGAGGAAAUCUAGCGUCGAGGAUCGAAAAAGGUAAAAAAAAACCAAAAAAACAGUUUCCCCCUUGUGGCUUGUAGUAGCCUCAGAUUUUUUAUGCAUGAUCCCCAAAAUAACAAGGUUCCUUUCAAUUAUCGCCUAGUAAUAGACAAACUGACCUUUCACAUUACCCCGCUUUCUAUUGCAACGAUGAAGCAUCAAAAAUUGUUCCUUAAAGAAUGAUUUAAUUCCUUACUCAUUAAGCGCUGAUUGGUGUCAUGGGAUAUCAGGAGCACAAUAAGGGAGUAACGAUGACGCAUCCAACACUCUGCUCUGAUUGUCAAAACUAGGUUUCGCUCUAUGACUAUGGCGUCAUUUGCAAGUUCAUUUUAUUUCAAUAGAGUAAGAGAGACGUAAAGUACUGAGCUUGAUAAAAGAAACAUGGAGAUAUUUUUUUCGUCUCGUCACGAGCGUGGGACAAGUAAACAUUUCUAAGUCCCCAUAGGAAUCCAUUCCACGCUCCGAUGCUUUACCACUGAGCCACAGAGACUCGACGGCGAGCGAGGUCUAUUACGGAGUUUAUAAGACGCGCGUCCUGCAUAUUGCUAAGAUCAGCAAUAGAGGAAGAUGUUUUUUUCGCGCACCGUAGAGUCUCUGUAGCUCAGUGGUAGAGCAUUGGAAGGCGGAAUCCGAAGGUUUGAGGUUCGACUCAGAAUUUUUUCUUUGUCCCACGCUCGUGACAAGACGAAAAACAUCUUUAUCUAUUCUUUUAUUUUUUUAGCAUCGUCAUUACUAAGAGUGUUUUUUUCGUCAACGUUCUCGACUUUUCUUCAAGAAUCAAUUAAAAGUCUAACUGGAUCCACUCUUUAGCCGCGUCUCUUUUCUGAGAUAAAGUACGGGUAUUUUUUUUGGGCGUCCUUUUUGACGGAUCAUCAACUUUUCUCUGCUUUUCUGCAAGAAGCACAUAACAUCUCACUGGAUCCACUCUUUAGCCGUGUCUCUUUUCUCGGAUGAAGUAUGGGUAUUUUUUUUCUUUACAGCUAUCCAGGUUGAUCUGGGAUUCCUUGUUGACGGAUCAUCAAAUGUAAUGGAAACUGAAUUCUUUCAAUGCAUGGAAAUGGUGAAAUAUAUCUACAGUGCCUUUUCCGUUUCACAAGAAAAUGUUCAUGUUGGUCUUGGUGUCAUUUCGAGUAAUCCAGAGAUAAUAUUCGGCUUUGAAAAGUAUUUUGAUAAGAUUAGCCUCAACUCCGCCAUAGACAGUGUCAAGUAUUCUGGAGCUCAGCAGGUGGCGAACGUUGGACUCAGUCUUAUCACGGCUAGGGAUACAUUUUACAGUAAGAGUACCAGGAAAGGAGUUAGACGAGUUCUUGUUUUAAUGAUUAAAAGUAAAUCCAAUGACGAGAUCUCCGACCCUGCGCGAAAGCUGCGGGACGAUGGAGUAGAGAUAUAUGGCUUUGACUUUGGAGACAGAGUAGAAGUACAAGAAAUUGCAGAAAUAGCGACAACGCCAACGAAUAAACACGUAGUGAUAAACGGUAUUGGUACUUUUUUAGCUGGUGCACAGAAUCUUAUUGGGAAGCUGGGUAUUGCGAAAGUGGAAUCAGGUAAGUUUUUAAGAGGUUAACUUACACAUGUAAAGAAGUUAUUUACUAAUAUUCGUCAAAGUCUCAUUACUGUUUUAGAGUAACUACUUUAAACAUCGCUUCCACCUCGUUUUCUUAGUCUGAGAACCCGAGAACUAGUUUAUUACGUCUUCCGUUUGCGAUCAAUGUAAAUGACUCAGAUGGGUAUAUACUUUUGAGAGGGGUUUCCUUGGACCUUAAUUAUGGUGUUUAAGUGUUGUAUCCUUAUUUUCAUUGAACAGUCAAUUUUUGCUUUCUAUCACAGCGCAAAGGCAAACUCCCAAACUGCGGAUGACCCCACAUGGAAAAGGAAGUAAGGUUCUUUAUUUGCCGAACUGGAAAAUAUAUUUUACAUGGAAACUGUAGCGUUUUUUUAUGCAUCGUUAUGAGAAAAUUGGAAAUAUAUAUCUUAAGGAGUUCAGUUUACAUUGCUUUCUCUCCCUCCUCGCCUUCCUGGUUAAUUUUCACGGGUACAAACAUCUGAGAAAGAAUUGUGAAGGAAUUAGGCGUGAAAGAUGUUAGCUUUACGCAAGUUUCUCAAGCUUAUAUGUACAUAUUACAUUUAAAUGAUAGAAAAUCGCUGUGGAAAGUGAUCACAUUUAGAACAUAGGCAUUUUAUGAUGACAUACAUAUGGAUAAAAUGUGAAUAAAGUGGUUAAAGUCUUUUAUCUUAUAGAUGCUAUUGACCUGGUCAUUCUGAUUGAUGGAAGUGCCAAAACUAAACUUGAGGAUUUCAACCAAAUAAAAGAAAUUACUAAAGCUAUCUAUUACAAAUUUGGCGUGUCUCUUAAUGGAACUCAUGUUGCAGUGGUCGUAUAUUCUGAAGUGACACAGAUCGUUUUCAAUUUGAAGAAGCAUUACGAUCCCCAAGGUAUGGACAACGAUAUAAACACUGCUCCUUACCUCUCUGGACUAGGUAUGAUGGGGAGUGCUCUAAGAGACGUGAAAACGCACAUAUUUGAUGUUUAUUCUCGACCAAAUGUUCCUAAAGUGUUGAUCUCUGUAUUGACGGGAGCGCCUGCAGACGAAAUUGAAAGAUACAUCAAUGAGUUGAAAAUGUCUUGCGUCUUGUUAUUUGCUUUGGGACUCACUUCCAAUUACAGUCCCCAGAUUUUGGAUCUUGCAUCCAGUGAGCCUCAUUUUGAAUAUGUACUGACCAGCGAAACUUUUCCAGAAGCUAAUUCAGUGGCACAGAAAAUGGCUGCCAAAAUAAAGAAGGGUAAGUUUCUCAUUAGGCCCAGUUUCCAGCCGUGUGUUUCGGUACAAAGGAAUGCGAGCGGGCCGGACGCUAACAGCUAGAAACUAAACUUGGCUUCGAAACACGUGGCUUCUUAUUGGCUAAAUAAGUGAAAACUGAUCUGCUUUAAAUGUAUUAAAAAUAUUUAAAGUUAUGGCUUUUCUUUUGUAUUUAAAAUUCUUCAACGAUUUUCUUGACAUGGUGAUGACCUAUGAAAAAGUAAUAAUCAAAACGAUGUGACUGCUUAGGUCACGCGUUAAAAUAAGUGGUACAUCAGUCAUUAUUGCCGCAAAACGUUAUUGUUGCCCAAUACUUACGUUGAUUACAUUUGAACUUGCUUGAAAUUUUUAUUUUCCUAAAUCUUAUAAUAGGAAAUAGGCGGGAAUGCAUCUAUUUCAAUGACCAGCCCUUAACAUCGAAAGCCGCAAAAAUAGCGUUUCAUCUACAGUAGCUUAAAAAUGUCAAUGCCGAGAAUGUAUUAGUAGUCAAAAGCGAAGAGCUUUCAUAUCAACAACUACGUUGCCUCCACAGUUGUCUCGAUACAAAAGUCCCGCUCUGAACUUUGUGUGCAGCCGGGAGGUGAGUGCAAUAAUUUGAACACGACUGAACAAACCAAUAAUCAAACAAGACAAGACAUACAUGUGCAACAGUUUAUGAAUCUCAUUUGUUUUCAGAUUCAAGACUGGAUUUUGUGCUCUUACUAGGCAACUGUGGGAAUAACUCCAAAGAAUAUUUUCCUCGACGGUUGGAUUUCGCGAGAAAUUUAAUGCACUCUUUGACGGUGAAUCCUCGAAGCGUACGCACUGCUCUCAUAUCAGUUUCUAAUGGGGCUGAAAUAGUUCAAGGUUUGAAAGCACAACCAUACAACCCCGUCGCAGUGUCUUCAGCUUCUCACUUAUCUGGCGGACUCUGUACUUUUGGGCAAGGAAUGGAAAUAGCGCUUGCUUUGUUUAGGAACAGCGGAAUAAGGGGUAUUCCCCAAGUACUGAUCGCUUUGUUGGAUGGGAAAUCUGAUGAUGAUGUUUCGAAGCCUGCAAUUGAGAUUAGCAAAGCAGGUGUCCUAAUGUAUGCAGUUGGGUCCAAGAACAAAGUCAGUGAACUCUUUGCCUCCAACAUUACCAGUGACCCCACUAAAGAAUUUUUUAUACCAGAUCCAGGCAUUCUACCUAUUGAAACCAUGAAGCAGGCAGUUGUGGACAAACUAGAAAGAGGUUUGAUAAAUGGAGCGUUUUAUUUUCAGCCACCCAAUUUCAUUUAAAUACCAGAAUUUUUGCCAAUUCUUAAUUCAUGACAAAUCAAAAGUUAUGGUCCAGCAUAUUAGAAAAUAAAAAGGGGAAAACACAAUCAAGGGCAUGGUGGACAAUUCCAGGCAUAGCAACUACAAGGCGGCUAUUCUGAGUUAAUAAAGAAAGCCCAAAGUAGCAUAUCAAUAGACAAAAUGUUAAUAAGCUCUUGCAAAAAACUUAAGCUUUCAUACUCAGUGCCAACCAUGACCCUUUUGUAGAUGAUAGGUCUAGGUUAGAAGCGUAUUCUAAGAAAUCGAGCAGCUGAACUCUUUGGGUAAUCAAAUCCUGAGCUGAUAAAAAUCGCCUUUUGAAAACAUAUUGUAGGUUUGCAACGACGUGACUUGUUUGUUCAUUUUAUAAUUUUAAAUACGAUUUUGGCAUGCAAUUGCCUUUGGUAGAAGUUCAGGUGCAAAUCAGCCUUCGGUAGGCUUUUGUAGCAUUUUGAAUAGAAAACCAAUAAAACCAACGAGUGUACGUUUCGCCGCUAAUAUUACAGAUCUAUAAUUUUUUAGCUAAAGCAACUAAAUGUCGCAAGAAUAAGCAUUCUGCGUGGUGAUGAUAAGAACACAACGUCUAAAAAUUAAGACUUUCGUUUUCUUUGUUUAUUGAAGAUAUUGAAAUUGGAAAAAGACUUGUUUGUCCUGUGAGAGAAUGUAGUCAUAAUGGUAAGUUUGCCUUCUGAUUAUUUUACACGUACUUUCAGUGUGGGUGUUUUUGUUUGAGUUAUACGAUGUGGUACCUUAGUCACCUUGAAAAUUAGAUUUACACACAUAGAGGGUUUAAUAAGUUCCCCGUUCAUCUUCUGCGUUUAACUUCUCAAUGUCCCUCUUGUUUGCUUUGUAUUCUCCAGCAGAAUAUUCAGAGAUUUCUAUCGCGAGUGCUUUUUAGUGGUUAACAAGGAAGUUUUACAGGCCCAAUUCAAAAUGCCGUGGAGAACCUCCUUAUAAAAGUAAAAUCGCAAACAAAUGAAGUAUCGCUGUCUUUUUUGACAACAUUACCCGGCACCUGCUAUAUGAUAGAGCUUUGUUUAUUUUUUUUUGCUUUUGUUCCGUUUCUUCUUUUUUUUUGUUUGUUGUAGUUUUUUUUGCACUUCUUUGUAGUUGUUGUUUCUUUUUGUGGAAAAUUUUAAAUUUUAUUUUUUUGUUUAUCAAUCUACAUCAUCUUUAUUCAUAAAUAGUUGGUCUUUUUUUGACUUAUUCAAAUAAUUUUCACACUUUUGCCUUCUACUCUUUACAGAGACGAAGCCUUCAUCAGAGUUAAAGCCACAACCUCAAUCACAAAACGCAACAAAAUCUCGUCAACCCCUUGCAGCUAAGAUAGGACCAGUUGAUUUGGUUUUCUUAGUCGAAGGCAGUGAUAUGGUUAAUGAGACAUUGUUCAGGGUAAUGCUCGACAUUGUAAAAGACGUCUAUAGUCGCUUUCCAGUCUCCUUGAAUGAAACACACGUGGCCGUAGUCGUUUACGGCUCCAACACCCAAAUCGUGUUCAAUCUCAAAGACUACCUCAAUGCUAGCGAAAUGAACAAAGUUUUAGUGUCAAUUCCAAAGCCCUAUGGCGCUGCUUUUUCGGGAAAAGCUCUGAAGGCUGUGAGAACGAAGGUUUUUGAUGGAGCUGGAAGAACGAAUGAAUCUGGUGUAUCGCGUGUUCUCCUACACAUUACGUGUGGUAAGUCAGCUGAUGACGUAGUUGGGCCAGCUAAAGUUCUUAAAGAAGCAAAGGUCAAAAUAGUUGCGGCCGGCGCAUGUCCUGAGGCUAAUAAAAUGGAACUUUGCAACAUUGGAAGUCCUCCGGUAUGUAAUAACUCUGUGCUUAUCAAUACACUCAAGCCACCGAAUAUUCCUGGGAAAGAGCUGGCCAAUAAACUGAAGCAAGGUUAGAGAAAAGUUAGAGAUGAAUUUUUGUGCUCUCCAUAUGUUCUAGAAGACAUUCUAUUUACGUACGCUACAAAAUUAAGUCUAGAUAGAUUGGUCGACUCAUAAUUGAGAACGUAAGCUAGUUCAGGCAAAAGUGGUAGAUAAGUAGAGAUAGGGGUAAUCAAAUGGAACAAAAGCCCCAAACUGUGCCCAACCUAUGACAUUUAUGAAGACAUAUUGGCUGUUUGAUAGCUUCUGAUGCCGCACACACGUUAAUUGAGAUCAAUAACACUAGUACGUGCAGCCGAUCGAAAGGACUCUGAAUUUAAUACUGUCUCUUUAUCUAUAGAUAUUCCUAUUCAAAAUACCACGGAAAAAAAGCCAGGUAAGACUACUAGAAUUACGUGGGAGGCCACUUGAAAUUCGAAGAAAUGACCCUCUUCCUACCCCCCUCCCGCCAAUACCCUUUCAUUUCCUUUAACUCGUCAUCAAGAAAAGUAACAUUUAGAUUCACUUUCAACAUCACAUUGCUGGUUUUGCAACCUUACUUUCGAAAAGAACUGGAAAUACUUCCUAAUCUUUUGCAUGCACUUGCAGGUCAAAAUGUUUCUGAACCUUCAACUGGUGAGUAUAAAAAUCAAGAAUCUAACUUGCCACUUUUUAUGAAAAACAAAAUUGAGUCAAUUGGUCAAAAUAUUUUCAAUGACAAUGAUAAACGUUGGGCCCAAAGGAGAGAACUUAGUAUUGCGUCUUGUGUCGGUAUUGGUCUUUUUGUUUUGAUCUUCCUUUUCUUGGACUUUAACGAAGAACGAAGCAUACAUGUCAUUUCAUACAUAUUUCACCUUUCCAUUCUUUCGAUCGAUUAAGACUAAGUUAUGACAGGGAGAGACUUCGAAUUCCAUUGACUUCUCGAAUCUACAUUAGGUACUCUUGUGCCAAACAUGUUUUGGAAUAAUGGACCAAGUGAAGCCGUUCUUCCAUUGGUUCCUUCUCUCGUCCCAGUUCAUCCUCAAGCGCUUAGUCCAGCCCCUAACAUUUGGAACUAUGAAAUACAAAUGCAACGGAAUCCUGUGCCCCCAGAUCCAUACACUCUUCCUGGCAGUUCCUAUCAAUACAGUAGUGAGUCAUCCAUUUGAUGUUAAGCAGUUAAAGCACACGCAAGCACCGCGUCAGGGUAGUAACGCUCUCUUCCUCAGCACCGUUGAAUUUCACCCAAUUAAAUAACAGUUACAUAACCCUCUUGAAGGCAGUGCUCUCGUGGUAUGCAUUAUUACCCCAAGCUAGAUAUAAAGACGAUGUAUUUUGGCACGAAAAAACUAAAUUUCUCAUACCUUGUGAAGUCCGCUACAGCUUCUUUCUAAAUAUUUUCAGUGAAUGAGACUCACAUAUUUUGAACUGUAAAACUCAGUAUUUCAAGAGUUCUAAAUUUCCACGUGUUCGCGUUUUUUUACACUGUGAGGUAAGUGGAAACGCCAAAGUGAUAGGCCACUGACCUUUUCAGUUUCUUUCUUGUGCGUUGAAUUUUCUACUACAAUUCAUGAAAUUGUCAGAUUUGCCUGAUGAAGUUUAUUGCACUCGUUGUUGUUUAGCGCAAUGUGAAGAUUACGACCCCGCCUGUUCUGGAUAUACCAUCAACGGGUAUUGUGAUGGAGAUGCGAUUGGUUUUAGUAAUGACUACUUAAUGAAGAUGUGCAAAAAGAGUUGCAACUUAUGCAAGACGUAAGUUACAUACCUUUCACUAAAUCCAGUUAACACGAUACCACACUCGCACUUUGUUUGAAGAUUCUUUCAAGUUUUCUUUACGCGGAUUGAUUUUUUCCACGCGAUCAGAUCUUAUAAUAGGCUUGUUGUGCAACCAAGACGUAAAACAAGACCCUUAAGGUAAUUUAUUCGACAACUCCAUGACAGUGACAUUUCGUUGCAACUGUCCAACAGUUUUUGAGUGAUACUGUCACAUAUGACCUCCCAUAGCUAGCAAUCUAUGUGGCGUGAGUAACAAAAGUUGAACGUGAUUAUGUGGAAAUGUUUAGUUGGCACAAGAUUUAAUUUCUCAAUGUUAACGCCAUGUGUAAAGUCAAAUAUAAUUAAUUUGGCUAUUUUGUUCUUUUUCGAUGACCGAGGAAAUGCGUUUUUAUCGCAACUUUUAAUUUCUUAGAGAGCAAGAUUAUACAUCGGGAGGAAUAUGGAUAAAGAGGGACGAAAUUCCAAAACGAACUGAUAAUAUACAAAGGAAGAAGGCCGCAAAUUCAGAAAAUCGAAAAGAAAGAACUAAAAGAGGAAAAAAGAGAGAGAAGAAGAAGCAGGAAAAUGUCAAACCAGUGACGUGA